AAAUCUUUGUAAGGAAUGUUUUUAAAGAAAUUGAGGAACAUAAAAAAAAAUCAGAGUCAUUUGAUGAUAUAAAUAAAUUUCAUGAAUUUCUUAAGAAACUUGAUAAAAACAUCAUAAAAACAGAAGGAGAUUCUGAAGAUGAAAAUGAGUUUAAACUUGAGUUUACCACUGAAGAUGAAAAUGAGUUUAAACUUGAAUUUACCACUGUAUCUGAAUUGAAUACUAAUGGAAACGGAUCGUUUUGUGGAAUGUUUUGGUUAAUACCCCAUAAAUCGAUUGUGAUCGUUUUCAAAGGAACGACCCCAAGUAACUUUUCAGAAUGGUUAGUUAAUUCAACUUUUCAAUGUAUAGAUGCAAGACUUUUUCUUUUUGGACAAAUUCAUAAAGGCUUUUAUAAGUGUCUUUUUCCAACAAAUGAAAAAACGGCUGCAAGUGCCUAUGCAAAUUUUACUUGUGAAAGAAUUCUUAAAGCAGUUGUAAUUAAGGCCAAGGAAAUCCUAAACAAGAAUAAUCAUGACGGAAACAAG